CUUGGUCGUGUUCCUCCAGCUUCACCAGACAAGACAACUUUCGAAGGAUACUACAUAAACUCACCCGACGAUAAUCAUCAGUAAUGUCACGUCGGAAAUCAACCAAACCAGCCACCGAAGAAGCUCACCCACACCUCUCAACCAGCAAGAGCUUUGUCCUCGUCCCACAUCAGAAUGGUCAAGAAGAGUUGUUCGAUGUGAGGGAAGAAGAACGGCAGAUCAAUCAGCUGAUCAACCUCAUCGACCCGGAUUAUCUGCAUCAAAGGCUGGAGCCAUCGGUGACCGAAGUCCAUCUCAAGACGGCGAUUUCGGACAGCAAACAAGAGAUCCGUAACUUGGCCCAUCAACUCGAAUCCAUCAAUCUUCUGGUCGGCGAUCUCGCGGAAUUCCACCAGACCCAGAUCGGCGAUCAACUCUUGAACGACUUCGACCAACAUGCCAGAGACUUGAUCGAGGCUAUCCAUCUCGUCGAGAUCCGCCAGAAAGAGCUGGAGGACCUCAGGGAACGCGUCCAUCGCUCGACCGCUAAUCAUCCUAUUGACGCCCAUGAUCAGCUCUGUAAAAAAAUCGACUCUCAUCUCGUCCAUUGGAACUCGCUCACUCUCAGACAAAAAUUUGCUCAAAAUAAACGUUAUAAAUCAUUUCGUGAAAGGAUUUGGGAAUUCACUGGGGAGGAUGGUGCGAUGAUGCCUCCCGCCAAGACCUUUCUUCCGGCUGCGGAGGGAGAAGAAGAAGAAGAAGAGUCAUCAGGCGACGAACUGGAGAUAGCGGGGGGGAAGCAGAACUACAAAUGUCCGCUAUGUAUUGGCCAGUUGAACGUGCCAGUGGUAUCAGAGAAAUGUCAACAUGCGUUCUGCAAAGGCUGUUUCGAGGCCUAUCUGGACCAGAACCAAGCCCAGAUGUUGGUCUGUCCCAACUCGGGAUGCUCGGCGAUGCUCGACAAGAACUCGGUCAAGGUGGACGAAGCCUUGGCCGACCGGAUCCGUCAGCUCCUUCGUCGCGCUGAAAUGCGCGAGGACAGUCAGGUCUAUCAGGACGAGCCGCUCUCUCAAUCACUCAAUAAUCACUCCAAGGAUGGCCUCAAUGGGCGCAAGAAACCUUCCGCUUCCCAGAAAAUUCGGCGCGUCAUCGUCGACGACGAUGAUGAUGAAUAAUCACUCCUCUCUCACCUGCUCUUUUCAUCAUUCGCUUUUUGUCCUUCAUUCUUCAAUUUAUCAACUGUUUGUCCAGCUUAGUAGGGUUUUUUUUUUUGGAGUCCAACUCCAACAAACAACAAACCAGACAUAGAGCGAUGACCUACUAGGACUACUGUGUUUCAAAAAAAAAAAUGUGAUUGAUCCAAAUUCAAUAAAAGAGGGGUGUUUUGAUGAGGAGAAAUGAAAAUGUCUGAUACAUCUUGAUACAAGUUAAGGUUUUUCUUACCAGGAAUGAUGAAUCCCAUUGUGCUGU